UCUUCGGCUGUAACGCCUUCUUCUUAAUUGAAUAUCUCAUCUUUCUUUCAAGUUGUAUCAUGAGUUCUGAAUUCAGUGAGUCUGCAAAUCCUGUGAAAAAUCUAUUUUCUUUUGCAACAAAAUGGGAAGUAUUCCUAAUGUUCAUAGCAGCAAUAUGCAGUAUUGGAACCGGAUUAGCAGUACCCUGGAAUCUGCUAAUGUUUGGAGAUUUAGUAGGUGCAAUGGUGUCAGCAGAAUUAGUAACUAACUUUGCAUCGCUAGGUCUCGACAUGACGGGAUUUUUCGUGACGGACAUCAUGGAUUCUGUGACGACUUUUGCUGUUGGGACGACAUUCGUUGGCAGUAUCAUGUUGAUAUUAACUUAUGCCAGUAUUUUCUUGUUUAAUUAUACAUCUCAGAAGCAAAUAUUCAGAGUCAGGACAAUGUACUUUAGAUCCAUUUUACAUCAAGAUAUUGGUUGGUAUGACAUCAUGAACAGCGGUGACGUUGCCAGUAGAUUGACAGAGGACAUAAUAAAAUAUGAAGAUGGUAUUGGAGAAAAGUUUGUUAUGUUCCUUCACAAUUCCUGCGCAGUUUUUGGUUGCAUAGUAGUUGCUUUUUACAGUGGAUGGAAACUCUCUCUCGUUUGUAUAGCUCCAUUCCCUGUUAUACUUACAAUAAUUUACAAAAUAGCGAGGGCCACAUCCAAAAUAGCACAGAAGGAAAUCGAAAUUUAUGCAGUGGCUGGGUCUAUAGCGGAAGAAGCUUUGUGCGCAAUACGUACAGUUUUUGCUUUUGGCGGGGAAAAGGAGGAGUUUUUUAGGUAUACAAAAAAUUUAUUGAAAACGUACAAGAGCAAUAUUGAAAAAAGUUUUUUAUCCGGCCUCGGAUUUGGUCUACUUUGGUUCUUCAUCUAUGCAACCUAUUCUGUUGCAUUUUGGUACGGUGUCAAUUUAAUUCUGGAUGAGAGAAAUCGUCCUCUUAAGAUGCAAAUUGAAUUGAUUGGAUCGAUGGCUACGAUCUUUUUCAGUAUAAUGAUGGCAACAGUAAAUAUGAGCAUUGCUGUUACAUUUAUCGACACAUUGACUAUUUCAAGAGCUGCAGCUGUAAACAUUUUUUCUGUUAUUAAACGAAAAUCAAUUAUUGACAGCUCAUCUUCCGUUGGAUUAAAACCAAGGGAUUUUCAGGGAACAAUUGAAUUCAAGAAUGUUACGUUUAGAUAUCCUUCGAGACCUCUGGUUAAGGUACUCAACAAAUUGAGUUUUACAAUUAAUAAAGGAGAAACUGUGGCAAUAGUUGGACAUUCUGGUUGUGGAAAAUCUACCUGCAUUCAACUUGUUCAAAGAUUCUACGACGUAGAAGAAGGACAGAUCUUAAUAGACGGAUGCGAUAUUCGGGAUCUAAAUGUCAAGUGGUUCAGAAGUCAGCUAGGAGUGGUUGGGCAAGAGCCGCUUCUUUUUGACACAACAGUUGCAGAGAACAUUUGUAUUGGGGAUAGCAAUGCACCAAUGGGGAAAAUCGUAAUUGCCGCAAAAGAAGCCAAUGCCCAUGAUUUCAUAAUGAAAUUACCAAACCGAUACAGCACACCCGUGGGUGAAGGAGGUACCCAAAUUUCGGGUGGCCAAAAACAAAGAAUCGCUAUAGCCAGAGCGUUGAUUAGAAAUCCAAGAAUUUUGCUGCUAGAUGAGGCUACUUCAGCACUUGAUAGUCGCAGUGAAGCUAAAGUGCAAGCGGCUUUAAACAAAAUCCAUAAAAGAAGGACGACUAUUAUCGUCGCUCACAGAUUAUCAACAAUAGGAAGGGCUGAUAAAAUAAUUGUAUUAUCAAAUGGGCAAGUUGUUGAAACAGGCAAUCAUGAUUAUUUGAUGACUUUAAAAGGACACUAUUAUUCCCUUGUCACAGCUCAAGUCACCGAAUUUAUUGAAUCAAUCUCUGGAGAACUAAAUAAUUCAUAUAGUGCUAAAAAAGAUCAAAUUUACAGCGACUUGAUGCCCACUUCUGAGAUUUUGAACGAGGAUGAUGACGUAAUCAUUUCAAAAAAGGCUUCGAUGAUAAAGAUUUUGAAUUUGAGUAAACCAGAAUUUCCCUACCUAAUUUCUGCCUCCUUAUCAUCAAUUAUUGUUGGGUGUUCUCCUCCGGUAUUUUCUGUUCUUUUUGGAGAUGUUGUGGGAGAACUCUCAGAACCAGAUACCGAUGAAAUUCGAAGUCGCACAAACAUUUACUGCAUAUACUUCCUGGUAGCUGGAGCAGUUAUUGCUGUGACCAAUUUCGCGCAAAUUGCAGUCGAAGCAGUGAGUAAUAUUCGGACAAUUAUUGGUCUUGGAGUUGAAGAAAUUUGUCACAAUUCUUAUGUAAAAGCAAUGAUACCUUCCUUUGAACUUGCUACAAGAAACACUCAUUUAAGGGGCAUUUUUUUCGCCCUGGCGAGAUCAGCCGUGUAUUUCGCUUUCGCAGCAUGCAUGUAUUAUGGAGGAAAUUUAAUCAAAAUGGAAAAAUUGCAUUAUUCUAGUGUGUUUAAAGUCUCUCAGGCACUUAUAAUUGGAACUGUAAUGGUAGCUAAUGCCUCCGCCUUUGCACCUAAUUUUCAAAAAGGGCUGCAAGCUGCUGAAAGUAUAAUUAGUCUUUUAGAACGAAAGCCCAAACUUCAAGAUCCCAUGUAUUUUUCUAACACUGAAAAGAGUCAGAGUGACUGUGUAAAAUACAAAAAGGUGGUUUUCGAAUAUCCGACCAGAACUGGAACUCGUAUUCUCGAUGGUCUAAAUCUCGAGAUACCACACGGGAAAACCGUUGCAUUAAUUGGGCCCAGUGGUUGCGGGAAGAGCACAAUUGUGCAAUUACUGGAAAGGUUUUACACUCCUGUUUCAGGCAAAGUGGAAUUGGACAACAAAGAUAUACAAAUGCUACCACAAUCGUUUUUAAGAAUGCAGUUGGGAUUAGUAUCACAAGAACCAACAUUAUUUGCUCGUAGCAUUGCAGAAAAUAUCGCCUAUGGAGAUAAUACUAGACAAGUGCCAAUAUUGGAGAUUAUCGCAGCAGCAAAAGAAGCCAAUGUGCACAAUUUUAUUUGUGCUUUACCACAUGGAUAUGAGACUAAACUGGGAGACAGAGGUACUCAGCUUUCUGGAGGCCAGAAACAAAGAAUUGCUAUUGCUAGAGCUCUUAUUAGAAAUCCAAAAAUUUUAUUACUGGACGAAGCUACUUCUGCUUUAGAUUCAGAAAGCGAAAAGAUUGUCCAAGCAGCACUAGAUAAAACAAGGAAAGGUAGAACUUGCAUUCUAAUAGCACAUAGGAUUUCAACUGUCGAAAAUGCUGAUAUAAUAUGUGUCUUAAAUUCCGGACAAGUGGUCGAAAGUGGCACCCACAAAGAACUCAUUGCAAAAAAAGGGAUGUACUACGAAUUGCUGUGUUUGCAAAACGUGCGUAGAUAAUGAGAAUUGCUUUAGUUAAUCACAAAGUCUACAAUUAAAAAAUUCGAAACUAAAUGGAAAUUCUAAUGCACGAAAUAUUUUGAAUCUAUAAAUUGAACAUAAAAAGGCA